AGUGAUGGCCCUGAGCUCGCAGAGGCGGUCCCCGCGCGUGGACGCCGGGUGCCCAGGCUGAGCGCGGAGCAAGAUCGGAGCCCAGGGAGAGCGCCGUACAUUUACUGGCAAGAAGAGGUGGUGUUUUCCCCCAGCUAUGAAUUCCUCAUUUCACCUGCAUUUCUUGGACCUCGGCCUGAACUCCACUGAGGGCAACAUUUCAGGACUCAAUGUCAAGAACAAGUCGUCUCCCUGCGAGGACAUGGGCAUCUCGGUGGAGGUGUUCCUGACGCUGGGUCUCAUCAGCCUCUUGGAGAACAUCUUAGUCAUUGGCGCCAUCGUGAAGAACAAGAACUUGCACUCGCCCAUGUACUUCUUCGUGUGCAGCUUAGCGGUGGCAGACAUGCUGGUGAGCAUGUCCAACGCCUGGGAGACCAUCACCAUCUACCUGAUAAAUAACAAGCACCUGGUGAUGGCAGACGCCUUUGUGCGCCACAUUGACAAUGUGUUUGACUCCAUGAUCUGUAUUUCCGUGGUGGCCUCCAUGUGCAGUUUGCUGGCCAUCGCGGUGGACAGGUACGUCACCAUCUUCUACGCGCUGCGCUACCACCACAUCAUGACGGCCAAGCGCUCGGGGGCCAUCAUCGCGUGCAUCUGGGCCUGCUGCACGGGCUGCGGCAUCGUCUUCAUCCUUUACUACGAAUCCACGUACGUGAUCGUGUGCCUCAUCUCCAUGUUCUUCACCAUGCUGUUCCUCAUGGUGUCCCUGUACAUACACAUGUUCCUCCUGGCGCGGACUCACGUCAAGCGGAUCGCCGCCGCGCCCGGGUACAGCUCUGUGCGGCCGAGGACCAGCAUGAAGGGCGCCGUCACGCUCACCAUGCUGCUGGGGGUUUUCAUCGUGUGCUGGGCCCCCUUCUUCCUCCAUCUCAUCUUAAUGAUCUCGUGCCCGCAGAACAUCUAUUGCUCCUGCUUCAUGUCCCACUUCAACAUGUACCUGAUCCUCAUCAUGUGUAACUCCGUGAUCGACCCUCUGAUCUAUGCCUUCCGCAGCCAAGAAAUGCGGAAGACCUUUAAAGAGAUCAUUUGUUGCCAUGGCUUCAGAAUGAGCUGUAGGUUCCCUAGCAGGUAUUAAUCCCAAAGCCACCCUCUCUCUGGCUCUCAAUUCUCCUCUGACAGAGCCGGUGAGGUCCAGCCAAGGAGCAGGGAGGAUCACGAGGAAUCAGAACUGCGAUCCCCUUAUCUCUUCUCCGGCUCAGAUGUGUGGGCCUUUUCUCCUGUGGUCACUGUCAUGUCAAAUGUGUGCAUGUUGCUUCUCCUUUUUGGAAGUGGCCUGUGACAGUUUCUCACUGUCCCUUUUCAUCUUGCUAUUUCUCAAGUCCAACCUCCCUCUGUGUGGACUUAGGGAAUGCUCAACACAGAGAGUGCGUGUGAAUCUAAGCCUGCAGAACAGGCUGCUAUUGGAAGAAAAAGCAUGAAUAUCUAGGGGCUGGGGCUGAGGCUCAGUGGUAGAGCACUUGCCCUGCAUGCGUGAGGCCCUGGGUUCAAGAUCCUCAGCACUACAUAAAAAAAAAUAAAUAAAUAAAAAUAAAGAUAUUGUGUUCAUCUGCAACUAAAAAAAGUUUAAAAAUGUAUGACUAUCUAGAUUAAAUAUGAUUGCUUGUUUUCUUUUUUUCUUUUGCCCCAGAAGCAGGUUCAUCCUUUGCCCGGUUCACUGAAGAGUAACGUAUGCUUUCCAGGAAAGAAUAGACGGUCGAAUUCUUUCCAUUUGAAAUGUCCUGUUCACUUGUAUGGUUGUCUCUACAGCUCUCUUUUCCUGAACUUCUGGCUUCGUGGCUUGUAUUUAUAAUUGUCUGAAAAUGGAAUUUCCUUAACUAUGCUUCUGUCAGUCAUGGUUUUGCACUUACCCACACAUAAAACUAGAUGCUGCAAACCUUGCCUCGUGUGUUGUGAAAGUCUCUGUGAUGACUCCGUACUGUCUUAUCUGACUCAAUCCAGGGUUCCCAAGUACUUGGGGGUGU